GCUUGGUCCAGUAUAGUCUAUCAGCUGAUCCCCAAUGUCCAGCAGCUGGAAAUGAACCUGAGGAACUUUGCUCAGAUCAUCGAGGCAGACGAAGUGCUUCUGUUUGAGAGAGCCACUUUCCUGGUCAUUUCUCACUAUCAGUGCAAAGAACAGCGGGAUAUCCACAGAUUUGAGAAAAUCAGCAACAUUAUUAAACAAUUCAAACUGAGUUGCAGUAAGCUGGCUGCUUCUUUCCAGAGCAUGGAGGUCAGGAACUCUAACUUUGCUGCUUUCAUUGACAUCUUUACAUCGAAUACAUACGUGAUGGUGGUUAUGUCAGACCCUUCAAUACCUUCUGCAGCAACACUGAUCAACAUCCGCAAUGCCAGAAAACACUUUGAGAAGCUGGAGAGAGUGGAUGGACCAAAGCACAGUCUGCUCAUGCGCUGAACAUUGGCCAAGGCACAUGCUCUCUGGGGGGAGAAAAAAGGAAUUGGAACUACUUUUUCUUUUUUAGGAGAAUCUAACAAUGUGGAUGUCUUUGUGGGCUUUGAAAUGAGUGUGCCGCUUACCACCGCAAUCUUUAUUUUUUCUCCUUUUAACGUUGGACACUAGUCGCUCGGAUGAUGUCUGGAUACACUGCGGACCUUCAGAAGAGACUUCCUGGCAUAUGUGGGGUUGGGAAGAAGCAAGGACAGGUGAUGUGCACAUGGUCUCAUACUUCUGGUUGUCAUAGUAGCACAUGGCAGAGCCUUUUUGGAUGUUCUGCUCCCAGGUUAUCAUACAAAUCACAGGGAUGGAAUAUUUACUAUUUUAUUGGUAGGUUGCUAGAAUGCAUUUAUAAAUUUCUCCUUGUCUUCAGUCAUGAAAAUAAAUUUUUGCUACCAGGGAUUUUGGAUCUUAGAGCUUUGGAAAGUGGGCUUUCUUUCUUCUAAAAUCUAGAUCUUUCUAACAUCUGGUGAGCAGAUGUUUAAUGGCUGCUUUUCUUACAUGCUACUUAUUUGGGAGGGGAUUGACUGAAGGUCAUGCCAGGCUUUCAU